GUCUCGUGAAUAUAGGUAGCUUGAUCAAUAGGUUAUUGAUUUCAAAGAAGAAAUGUUAUAAAUAAAUUAAAAUAGUCUAAUCAGAUACUAUAAUGUUUUAAAAUUAUAAAAGUGAGUGAAGGGAUGUAGUUAUGAGUGUACCUCGGUAGUGAAUGUGUGAAAAGUGAUUAAGUUUAACCUGUACCUAUGUAUGAGUAUAUAUACCUACAUUGAAUUUUAUGUUAUUCUACCUAAUUAUAUAGUGUAAAGUGCUCAUUUCCAUCCCACGAUGUUGUCGAUAAUAUCAUCGUUUGGACCUUUUGUCAGGCAGUACAUUAUUGUAAUUAUCGCCGAUCUUUCUCUCUUCACAAGUGGGCUGGGUCUAGCAUGGACUUCGCCGAUGCUCGUCAAGUUAGCCGAUGAAACCAACCCGGUGUACGAAACACCUAUUACAGGCACCGAGGCGUCAUUGAUCGUGUCUUUGGCCGUUAUUGGUUCUGUUACAUCGAACUUCCUCGCGGCGUAUUUAGUGGAUAAAUUAGGAAGGAAGAAAUCAAUUUUGUUGUCGUCCAUACCAAGAAUAUGUUGUUACCUCAUGCACUAUCUUGCCACGGCGGCAUGGAUGAACUACGUCGCCAGAAUCUUGGGGGGUUUCAGCGAUGGAAUCAGCUACUCCAUAGUCCCAAUGUAUGCAUCGGAAAUAGCUAGUAAAGAAAUUCGUGGUGCCCUUGGAACACUGUUUCAAAUAUUUUCGGCUUUUGGAAUUCUGCUGAUGAUGACAGUCGGUCCGUUCAUGGACUACUACACUCUGAACAUGUUGUGCCUGGUGCUGUGCGUCGUCACUGUUGUUCCGAUUUUGUUUAUUCCUGACAGCCCCUAUUUUUUACAUAAGCAUGGUAACAAAAAUGAGGCUAUAGAAGUCCUAACAUUCCUACGACCCUCAGAGUCUGAAGUAAAGGAAGAAAUACUAGAAUACGAAAUGGAAGAGGAAGUAACUGACAUGACAAUCAAAGAGCUAUGCAAAACUGCAAAUUUGCCGAUUCUAAAGGUUAUAGCUAUAACUGUGGGUAUCGGAGUUGGAAGUCAGAUUACAGGAUUCAACGCAUUGGCCCUGUUCUUGCAAACUAUAUUGGCUUCGACGAAUUCUAGUGUGUCUCCUGAGAUAGCUUCAGUGAUCAUUGGUGUGAUCCAGUUGGUAGGCAGCUUUUUCACUGCAUCUAUCAUUGAUCGAUUUGGACGGAAGCCCAUUUUGUCUACCAGCAUUAUAGGAGUGACUAUCGGGAUGAUUGGCUUGGGUACUUUCUUUUACAAAACAUCUGACGGUGAUGUCUAUGGAUUUUGGAACUAUUUACCGCUCAUUUCAAUCAUUUUAGCCGAUUUCAGCUUCAGUUCUGGUGUCGGCUGCCUCAUGUUCCCACUGAUGGCCGAAUUGUUCGACGGAAGAUCUCGGGCCAUAGGAAUGUCUUUCGGCGUGAUAUCCUGCUUUACAGCUACAUUUAUUUUGACGAUAUCCUUUAGUUCCUUAGUAAACGCUAUUGGGCCUGCUUUCACAUACUGGCUCUUUAGUAUCAACUGUGUACUAUACUUUGUGUUUAUUCUAGUAUUUGUGCCAGAAACUAAGGGUAAGACGUUUGCUGAAAUUCAGGUGCUACUGGGAGUAAGACCUGCUGAGCAAAAAAAGUGUGAAAAAGAACAAUUUAGGGAAAUAAUGUGAGUAAUAAAUACAGUUUUAAAUUGUAGGCCUUGCAUUUUAAUAUAAUAAAUAUUGUGAAAACGAUUCCAUGUUGAGAUUUCAAAGAAAACAUUAUAGUUACCACCCUAAUAAUUCUAGAUAAUUAUAUUCUACAAUGCAACAUUCCUGAAUACAAUAUUGACAAGAUUGUAAUUUGUUUGACAUGGUUUAUUUAUUGUUAUGAGAGGUGUUCUCAGAAAGUAUAAUAAGCAAAUACUAAAAUAUAGGUAGGUACUAAGUUAUAAUUUUUUCAGCUUGAAUAUUUAAUCAUAAAAAGUGGUAGUGUAAAAAUAAAAAAAUUGUAAUGGUUUUUUACAUAUAAGCUGUAAAUGCUUCUUUCAUAUAAGUCCUUUUCUGUAUUUCUCACUUUAGCACUUUUAUUGUUCACAAUACUGCUGCAAACUAAACUGUAUUAGUACAUGUUUAAUAAUAUGGGUGAGAAUAGUUAUAGCACAUGCAAAUUGUAAAUCUAAAUAAGUUUUCCGGUUCGGGCUAGCGACAGAAUAGCGUCACUGGGCAAUCCUGUUCCGUGACAACAAAGCUGAGUCGCCCGGCCCAUUCACACUAUACACAACUACUGUGAAUAAAGCCUGUAACUGUAAUUCAGUUCAUUUAUUACAAAACUACCCACAAAAUUAUGAAAAAAAAAGUUAAUUUUACGUUUAGUUUAGUUAAGUACUAUAUUAAUUAAUGUUUUUGAAAAUAUCUUAAUUAUGUCGUGUAUGUUGUGAUUUAGUGUGAAUAAAUGAAUUUAAUUUGAA